AUAUAUAUCUGCCCCCCCUCUCUCUUCUGAAAUAGCAGUAGCUAUUUCUUGUGUUAGAUUUGGCACCAAAAAUGACAAAGUCAAAUUUUGACAGGUAAUAUAACAGUCAUUGGAGAUCACAAAUUUAAUCCACGUGCUAUAUUUUGAAUUGGCAGCUCAAAUGGCAGGUGGGUUGGAGAUGCUUUACAUGGUUAUAAAUAGCCAUGGGGGCUAUAAGAGUCUUGAAGUUGUAAACAAUAUCAAAAGUCACUUUCUUAUAAUAUUGCUGCUUCAUCUUGAUCUUAACAGAACUGGUCAUGAUGGCUGUAAUAGCAGGUGUAAUAUCCAUUCUUGUGCUUGUGGUGCAACUGCAGACUGCGGGUGGACUUGUUUCCGGUGUUGGAGAUUCAAACAUUAGAUGUCUAGAGAGGGAGAGAAAAGCACUCCUCAAGAUUAAGCAAGAGAUUAUAGAUGACUUUGGUUAUCUCUCUUCUUGGAGAACUGAGGAAGAUGGUGUUGAUUGUUGCAAAUGGAGCAGAAUCGGAUGCAACAACAGAACAAAUCAUGUCAUCAUGCUAGAUCUAAGUUCAGAACAGGCCAUGCCUUCGAGAGGAAAUCUAUUUGAAGGUGGGAUGCCGAAGUCCAUCGGAAACCUUUGCAGUUUACAAAGAUUAGAUUUGUCAAUCAACAGUCUCACUCAGCCACUUACUGAUCUUACACAACAUUUGUUUGUGAACUGCUCUGCAAAUACACUGGAGUUUCUAUAUUUAGGUUACAACCGAUUCAGUGGACCAUUGCCCGAUUUUACAAGAUUUUUAUUCUUGAAAGAAUUAUAUCUUAGUCACAACCAACUAAAUGGGUCGAGUUAUGGACACCUGCCUAACCUCCUUCUUUUGAGCCUUGACGGGAAUAGUCUAAAUGGUAAUUUAAUCACUAGCAUAGACCACCUUCCUAACCUCGAAUAUUUGGAUGUCUCUUCCAACAAAUUUGAAGGUGUUGUCUCUGAAUCCCACCUGUCAAUUUUCUCCAAACUUCAAUACCUGGAUUUAUCUUUCAAUUAUUUGGCUGUGAACUUGAGCUCCAACUGGGUUCCUCCCUGCCAGUUGAAUACUAUAAGAUUGAGUUCAUGCAAGUUAGGACCUCGAUUUCCCAACUGGCUUCAGUGGCAAAAGAACGUGAUUUGGCUCGAUAUCUCCGAUAAUGAAAUAUCAGAUAUCAUCCCCAGUUGGUUUUCAGAGCUUUCUUCCUCCUUAAUUUCUUUAAAUCUCUCUAACAAUCAAAUAAGUGGCAUACUACCGGUCUCAUUGCUAAAUUCCGCUGUUUUUGUUGAUCUACAUUCCAACCACUUCAAGGGUUCACUGCCACACUUCGCUGCUGAUACUCGCAUUUUGGAUCUCUCUCAUAAUAUGUUUUCUGGCUCUAUUUCAUCAGUAUGCAACAUAACAAAUAGGUCUCUCUUCCGUCUAGAUUUCUCGAAUAAUCUAUUGUCGGGCAGCAUACCGGAUUGUUUGACGUCCAUGGUAAACUUGAGUAGUUUGCGACUGUCAAACAACAAAUUUUCUGGUGAAAUUCCUACUUCGAUUGGUUCCCUUAAUAUUCUUGAAUCAUUGAACCUCCACAAUAAUAUGCUCUGUGGAGGAUUGCCUUUGUCCUUAAAGAAUUGCAGUUUGUUGGAAUUUCUGGAUGUUGGAGAGAACAGAUUGUCAGGAGAAAUACCAUCCUGGAUUGGGGAAGGGCCAUCAGAUUUGGUGUUUCUUAGCCUCAGAUCAAAAUUCAUUUUAUGGAAGCAUACCCUUGAGCCUUUGCUAUCUUACUUUAAUCAGAGUGUUGGACCUUUCUCACAAUUAUAUAUCAGGAGCGGUACCAUUUUGCCUCAGCAAUUUCACUGUUAUGGCUCAAAACAAUAAUUCAAGAGAACCCUUUAUUUAUGGUUUUGCGUUUGUCGCUUUCCAAGAUUCUUUGGGAGCUUAUGUAGAAAGUACAUCGGUGAUUUGGAAAGGAAGACAGUAUGAAUUUGGAAAAAACCUCGGAUUUCUGAAGAUGAUUGACCUUUCAAGCAAUAGUUUAUCAGGAAUCAUCUCGGAAGAAAUAACUAGUCUUGUGGGUUUGGUUUCCUUGAACUUGUCUACAAAUAAUUUGAAUGGAACUAUUCCCGAGAUGAUUGGUGGGUUGAAUCAGUUACAGGCUCUUGAUUUCUCAAGAAACCAUCUUUCUGGUAAAAUACCUGCAAGCCUGGCCAACCUGAAUUUUCUUGAAUAUUUGGACUUGUCAAACAAUUGCUUGUCGGGGAAAAUUCCAUCUAGCACCCAGCUACAAAGCUUAGAUGCUUCUGCAUACAGCGAGAACGCCGAACUUUGUGGACUUCCACUUGCAAAGAAGUGCCAAGAAGAUGAAACACCUAGAGUGGGCUCACCAUCUGACAAUGAAGGUGAUGGUGACGAUAGUUGGCAUGGAAUUCCAUGGUUCUUGCUUGGUGCUGGACCGGGUUUCAUUGUGGGAUUUUGGGCUGUAUGUUUGACAUUACUGCUGAAUAGUUCUUGGAGAUGCGCCUAUUUCAAAUUCCUGGACAACGUAAAAGAUAGACUUUAUGUGAUGACCACAAUUUUCUUGACGAAAAUGCUAGAGAUGUUUCAAAAAUAACAGAUGAGGAUAUCAAAAUUGGCUUGGGCCGGGCGCAACCCAGAUUGCUAGGAACGGGUCGGGUAAUAGUAACAGAUCUGAACCAAGUCUUCACCUAUCAGGCCCAGGACCGGAGUAUCAGUUUGAAAGCCCGAUUUAAGAUAAAAAGAAAUGGGUCCAUGACAAAGAUGAGCCCAGAAAGUCAGGCCGAUGAAAGGAGUCAGUUAAAAAACUUGUUAAAUGUUUGUAACAGCCUGUAAAUAGACUGAAAAAAGAGAAAAAAAAAAAAAAAAAAGAGUUAAAAAAUAUUCCAAGUGUAGAAUUAUCCUUUCCAAGUUAUGAGAGUAUUUUUCUUGCAUCUUCAAUAGAUCUUCUGAACUAUAAGUAGUUGAGUUCUUGAUUUAUCUACUUCAGCAAUCUGUAAGAAGACUUGCAAAGAAAUGGUGCACAGCUGUAUGCAACAACCGAAGAUGGUGUGCUGAAGCAAAUUAAGUUUGAUCAGUCUUGUUGCAUAGUCAAAGCCCUGUCCCAAGAUUCUGGUUUCUUCUGGGAAUUGAAUCUUGCUUAAUGGCUGGAAUUUUCUGUACUCAAACGUCAAUAUUGCAUCAUUUUCAUUGUUGUCUUGUAUUGGACUUCUUGUAUGAAAAAGAAUUGUCACCCUUGGUUCUUUUCUUU